AUGGAUGAGCUUAAACUUGCAGAUAUUUUUCCAGUUUUAGAUGACGAAGCUCUUAGUUCUCUGAAUAUCGAUCAGCCCUGGUAUGCGGAUAUAUUUAAUGAUAUAUCUGCAGAAGAUAUUGACGAUGCCCUUCUAACGGACAUUACGUCUAAACCAGUGACCAAGACCGAGCCCAUCGAUGUUGACAUAUUUGGUUUUGGCAAUGAUCUCAUUGUUGGUGAUGAGGUUGAGGUUAAUAAUUCUGAAGAACAUUUCAAUCCAUCCGACAAUCCCCCAAGAGCCGAAUUAUUCCUUGACCAAGACGACUAUACCCAUACUCUCUCCACUGAUGCUUCCCCAGAGACAAUCCAUCUAACACCGGAAGUAGAGAGCAGUUGUUCAACUCCAUCUAAUAACGAUUCUUGCAGAGGCUCACCUCAACUUAACUCAAAUGGUAAAAAUCGACAACUCAAGAGGUGUAAGUUCGAGGAUAUUCUUCUUGAGGAGGUGCCAAUUGUUAAGAAGAGGACUUACGACUUUUCUCCUCCUAUUGUUCCCUGUGAACCGAACCCCAAUGCCUUUAAUCGAGUUCAUUACGUCUUUCAGAAGGGACAAACUCUUAUUCUCCAAACGGAAAAGCCCAGUAGCCGUCAAACUAUCAAUGCACAAACACGCAUUAAACCUCUAAGCUCGCAUUCAACUUCAAAUCAAUCAAUUUAUCGUGUGGAUAAUAAUGAAUAUAUCCCUAUCAAACCCCUGACUACUCAUCCAAUGCAAACUGGUGGUUUUAAAACAACUCCCUCAGGUUCUCAAACAGGUUCAGAUACUGACGUCGGAGCGGAGUCGCCCGUGGAAGCCAUUGAACCUCGCACUCGACUCUCUGUUUUCAGCACGCGGAAUGGUCAUUCGACGGGAAUUCUUGUGCUAACGGAGGAGGAGAAACGAACACUACUUGCAGAAGGCUAUAGCAUUCCAACUAGACUUCCCCUUUCCAAGCAAGACGAACGCAAUCUCAAGAAGAUUCGUCGAAAGAUCAAGAAUAAGAUAAGUGCGCAAGAAAGUCGUCGAAAGAAGAAGGAGUAUGUGGAAACUCUGGAAAAGAAAGUGGAAAAUUACGCACAAGAGAAUGCCAGACUGAAGGGUCAAGUUGAAAAUCUGGAGAUGCACAACCGCACAAUCUUGGGUCAGUUGCGUCAGCUUCGUCACCUUGUUGACAAGACAGCCUCAAAUGUAGCAUCUUCGCCGGCCAUCGCAACUUCCUCGCCUUCAAGGCAUUCCACACAUGGAAAUUCAAAGAAGACUUCAAAUAACACAUCAAAUUCUAACUCAAAUGUCACCGCCACAAAUUCAUCCGCUUAUCUCACGGUCUUCCUCGUCUGUUUUGUUGCUCUUUUUGCGGGACAACCAGAUCAUUCUUCCUCCUCUUCCAACUCGAACUCACAACUUAUAGCGUCGUCUUCUCCCAAGGGUCAUAUUGUUGGUGAUCUCUCUACUUUUGGUUCUUUACAUCAGAUUGGUUACACGUGGUCAGCGACAACUCAGAAAAUGAAACCGAAGCUGGAUGGUGAUUAUGCUAGAUGCCCUAAUGUGAGUUAUAUGCGGGAUCUGCCUACUGCCACUGCAUCGAUCUACAAAAUGCAUGAAUGGGUUCGUAACGCUGCUUAUUUGAAAGGCGAGCGGACAUCUCAAUCACCCGAAAGAACCGCAAUUGAAAAACCAGUUAGCCAUUCGCGAAUACUUGGUUCAGCGAAGGAAUACGAUGAGUGUGAACCAAUGACAUGGUGGGAGUACAUCUUCGGUCAAUCUGGAGCCGAAUGUCGUGAUGACAAAGAAUUAAAAGCGUUUGAACUUGAGGCAGAAUUUUUCUCUGUUGCUACACCACCUACUAAUCAAACCGUGACAAAUGGCACUGAUUCGCACACUUCAUUCGGUAUUCCAUUGUCCAAUCAGAAUUCUCUCCUUAGAUUAGCCAAUAACAUUGUUGUAUCAGCUUGA